AUGGAGAGGCAGGAGCAUCACCAUUGCAGCAUCGCUAAACAGACAAUCCUCACCACCCAUCCCAGUGGAUUACAGACACGGGUGUCUGUUGAACUUGCAAAUUUUGAUGCCCUUUGUCUUCAUUCAGAAUGCAAGAAGAAAUGGGAAAGCCCCUUUCUCCAUCGACGCGGGAUAUUAGGAGGGAUUUCGGGGCACAACACACCUAUAUUGGGGCGGCGAAGUGAUGCCGUAAAUGAGGGAAGGCUGUCCCAACAAUGUACUCCUGUCAUGAGGCGAAGGGAAGUGGACAGCCCUGGAGGAUCACCUCUCCCUCAAAGGAGGGAGUUAGAAGAAGAGUUUUGUGAAGUGGAUAAAAGUGUUAUCAGCGGAUGGUUGAAGUUUCGGGACAAUAAGAGGGUGAGUUAUAUGAUUAUUAUGUAUUUUUAUUGCAACUUUAAAUUGAAAUGUUAG